AUCCCGCGGGGAUUCGCUCUUUUCAGGAAAUUCGCAGGUCGCAGCAAAACAAAUCAUCCACCCCCUAGUAAUUACUACCUUCAAGUUUCAGCAGGCCUACUUCCGGUGCCUGGGUUUUGGCCGAGCCUCAUUAUCUCGUCCGCCGCCAUGUCAAACCCUACUAGCAUUGCCCGUACCGCCCCCAUUGCUAUAGCCUCUCGAAAUCCCCAUCUGCAUCCAUCCGUCGAGACGAACAGUACCGACGGCAGAGAGAGUGGCAACAGGACCCUUCUCUCCGCAAGCAUGAGCAGCACGGCGUCCGCAGAGUCAGGAUCGCACCUCCGAGGCCGGAAGGAUCGCCCAUGCGAUGCCUGCCGGAGGAGGAAGAGUCGAUGUGUGAUAAAUGAAGGCCAGACGAGUUGCGUGCUCUAUCCCCAGACAGAACGGAUGAUCCACAAAGAAGGCCUCCUGAGUCGAGCGUUUCUAGCACGGGAGCUACGAGUUCGUUGAUUGAGGAGAUGGCAAAUUUUGGUGGACCAACAAUGCUGAAACGAACACUGGGGUUACAAGAGGACAGAUAUAGCCAAUAUAUUGGGCCAACGACCGAUUUUGAACCCUCACUUAUAGACCUGUCUCCCUUCGAUCCUCAAGACGAG